AUGCGAAUAAAAAAAGCCUCACUUUCAUCUGCACCACCGAACUCGCAACAGCAGCACGAUUAUUAUUAUCAUCCGCAGCCUGGAAACGAUUUUUAUUUUCCUUCGUUAUCUGAUGUUAAUAAUAAUGACGGCAGCAAUAACCAGCAAAACAGAUUCAUGAAUUAUAAUUCAUCGUCAUCACCUACGAUAUUAUACGAAUCGAUACCGCCGCCUCCUGCUUACUCUUCACCGUCAGCCUAUUAUAAUCCAAAUAAUAAUAAAAGCAGUAGUAUCUCCAUUUCCACAUCUUCGGUCUCAAGGGGUAUUAACAAUUAUUAUAACAACGAAAGAACGCAUUAUGGACGUCGAUUUUCUACGUCAUGGGUUAAUGAUAAGAAUAGUAGUAAUAAUGUUAAUAUGAUUGGUAUUAAUAAUGAUUACCUCAAUUCUUAUCCAAAAAGAAUCUCUACUGCAUCAUUAACAGGGACAAGAACUCGCACGAGAAAAGCUUCUGUGUCAUCGAUGACACCUUCGCGCAGAGGAUCAAUAAGAGUUAGUGAGUACGAGGCACGUGGAAUAAAAUCAUGCACUGAAUUGAUAACUGUCGAUAUAGGAGCAGCAAAGGAUGAAUCCGAUGUAUCGUCAAUAAUUUCAGAUUCGAUGGUUGACACUAAUAAAUUGUCAUCGUCUCCGCCUGGCACUAAAGACCUGAUCGCCGCCACAGAUAAAGCAGUUGCCGCCACAGAUCAGGCUUUCUCCCUUUACCGAGCUCGACGUGAAAGCCUAAAGAAAUUCUUGGAGAGUAAAUCUUUGGAUAUGAGCCACGAAGUGAAAUUUACUUCGGAUGACGGUAAUAAGAGUUUAAUUUAUAAUACCGACGACUUUAAAAUAGAAGUGACAAUUACACUUGUCGCUUCAAAAAAUUUGUAA